AUGGCUGUCAUCAUAGAGGUCGUCGGUUCGAUUCUUGCUGUAGGCCUCGAGACUUUUAACACAUGGGGAAACGAACAUUGGGCAUCCUUCAGUUCGCAGAAUUACUUCGACCCCAACGGACUUUUCAUCGCAGUUUUCGUUGGGCUGCCCUUGAUGGUAGUCUCGCUGAUCACUUUGGGUCUCCGAUCAACGGCACUUCGAAUGCGUGUUGCUCAGAAAAAGGAGAAGAAAAAAUCGGAAUAA